GUGACCGAUCGUGUCCGAGUUCCUCCUCCUCCAGUCUCUAGUCUCUUCUUAAGCCAGUCUCAAUGGCCCGUUUCACUACACUAUUUCCAAAACAAAUCUGCUGACAGAGCAUCAAUGAAACGAACAAUGAAACAACCUCCACAAUGCAUGAGUUUCACCUUGAUGUUUUCUAGGCUGGGCAACGCAUUUAAUUACUGCAAAAUGAUUGGAUCACAUGUAAGAUGGUGAAACGAUUUAGUCUUCAGUGGAGAUUUCAUCCUGUUUCACCGCGUGGGAAACAACGCCCGCGGAGUUUCACCAUAGUGAAACUAUUUGCUUCUCUCUCCUCUUCGUUUCAUGUGCAUGACAAACCCCAUGAGACUGGCCUUAUAUAACUCGCGCGCCUUGCUUUGCUUGGGCCCAAUCAUUGUUCGAUCGAUCUCCUCCCAGAUCUCUCUCUCUCUCUCGUCAGAUCCUCAAGGCUAUAUAUGGCGACUGAGUCGUCGGCGGCCAUGGCCAUGGAGGAGCCGGGCGUCGUCGUCAACGGCAGCAGCGUGGUGAGCUGGGUGGCGUCCGGGGUGGUGCUGUGGUCGACCGCCUUCUUGCUGGUGCGGGCGCUGUUCCCCAAGCGCUCCUACGACUUCUGCAACCGCGCCGUCUCCACCAUGCACGCCGUCGCCGCCGUCUGCCUCUCCGUCGCCGACUGGUCCUGCCCCGUCUGCCCGCUCGCCGCCGCGUCCUCCCCGCGCCAGAUGAAGGCGCUGGCGGUCACGCUUGCGUACAUGGUCUACGACGCGGCGUGCUGCCACCUCAACGGCGACGUGCGGCUGGACAACACCGUGCACCACCUCGUCAGCAUCGUCGGCAUCGGCGCCGGCCUCGCCUACCAGAGGUGCGGGACGGAGAUGGUGGCGUGCCUGUUCAUCACGGAGAUCUCGAGCCCGCUGCUGCACCUCCGGGAGAUGCUCAAGGAGUUCGGCGUCAGGGACACCGACCUCAACCUCCUCAUCGACGUGCUCUUCGCCGUCACCUUCUCCGUCGCCCGGAUGGGCGUCGGGCCCUACCUUACCUACGUCACCCUGACCGCCGACUACCCCAUCCUCAUCAAGGCGAUGGCGACGGGGCUGCAGCUGGUGAGCGCCUACUGGUUCCUGCGGAUCCUCAGGAUGGUCAGGUACAAGCUCGGCAAGAAGAAGCCGCAGCCAACACCGCCGGGCCCGGGCAAGCUCGCCGCCGCCGCCAACUGAUGUAAAUUCUGUUCAAAGCCCAAUCUGACAACAGAAAGGAGUUGAUGAAUUGGAUUGAGACCGUGCUGUAAAGUGACCCGGGUCGGUCUGCGCUGUUCUCGCAUCUGAAGCAAUUUCCGUUGGCAAGGAUGUCAGCGAAGGGGGCGGUGGUGCAUGUACUCUAGCAACUGUAUUUAGCGUACAAAUUGUUCAAUGAAUUAUGCUGAAUCUGGCAGCUGCAGUUAAGCCUGCUCUAAUGGAUCGGGUAAUAAUUGGAGUUUUUGAGUUGUGGUGUCC